AUCCAUUCUUUUACUGUAGGCUUAAUUUGCCGCGAAUUCUCUCCUUCCUCAAUUCAUUAGCCAUCUCUUGUUUAAAUUGUGAGCUCAAGGGGAAAAUUUUGAUACCAUAAUAAAGGGAAGCUAGCUAUAACAAUAUAAGGGGGAGAGAAUUAGGAUAAGAAACAAGAACAAAGGAUGUUGGAGUCAGGAGGAGGCGGAGUGUUGCCGCUCUCUUCACUGAACCACAUCUCUCUGGUUUGUAGAUCGGUCGAAAAAUCGCUUGAUUUCUACCAGAGUGUUCUUGGCUUUGUACCUGUAAGGAGGCCUCGCUCUUUUGGUUUCAAUGGUGCAUGGCUGUUUAAUUAUGGAAUUGGAAUCCAUUUGUUGCAAUCUGAGGACCCUGAUAGCAUAAAGAAGAAAGCUAACAUCAAUCCCAGGGAUAAUCACAUCUCCUUCCAGUGUGAGAGCAUGGCAUUAGUAGAGAAAAAACUGAAAGAAAUUGGUAUCGACUAUAUCCAGCGGCGAGUGGUGGAGGACGGCACCCACGUCGACCAGCUUUUCUUCCACGACCCUGACAGCUUCAUGAUUGAAAUCUGCAACUGCGACGACCUCCCCAUCAUUCCCCUUGUAGCCGUGUAGAGCCCGUGGGCGUCUGCAAGCGGGCAGCCAGUCCCCUGACUCUGCAGUCGCCGGCUCAACAACAGCCGCCCAUUAAGGUGCAGUGUCAUGCACCGGCCAUUUGUGUGAGCGAGGACUCGGAUAAUAUUUAUUGUGCUUGAAUUAGGUUGCUAAGUAAAUGUGAAGAAGAGUGUGGAGAGACUUUUGAUUAAUAAGAAGAGCUUUAGAUCUUUUCAAGUGGUUUGUAAGAGUGGUAAAAGAGAGCGUAGGUAUUGUAUCCUGCUCCUUUAUUAAUGCAUGGGUGUUGUUUAUUUGCGUUGUUUA